AUGGAGGGCUGCGACUCUGCCCUUGUAAAAGACGAGCAGAAAAAGAAAAGAAGACGAAGACGGAGACGAGAAGAAGAAGAAGAAGAAGAAGAAGAAGACGAAGACGGAGAGAAGAACCAGCCAGCCAGACAGCCAACAGAAGAUGAAACAAGAGCAGCAGAAGUCGAGAUACCGCUCGUCUCGAGGGAUCUGGACCGAGAUAAACUACGGGGGACACACAUAACUGCUUCACUAUCUACCCAGUGUGCGUGUCCUCGGCUUCACGGCGUCAGGGCUUUCUUUCAUGGAUAUGCGGAUUCAGCUUCGACUCCCAUGCCGCCGGCCAGUGACUUGUCACAUCAGAUGAGAAAGGUUUCAUCUAUCGACUCUCUGUCGCUAGUUCAAACGGACGGCCGUAUACUCUUUUACUUCCCCAGGAUCAAGGUGAUUUCUACCCAAGGCCGUCCGGGGCAGGAGGACGGUGAUUCGUCUGGGGGCCAGCCAGAGGCAAUGACUUCUGCACUGUUGCUAACCUUCGUCGAAAGCAGAGCCGGCUGUGUCCAUCAUCUGCUUAUCAUAUGGAAGUCAUCUGGAGCGGUGUCUAUCAGCCCGGUGGCAGCCAGGGAUGCGGUGCAGAGACAGAACGGAGUACAAGACAGGCAGACACAGCCAGAUACAGAGGAUACAGAUAUACUGCAAGAGAGAAUGCUACUUAAAGACUCAAGGGAUCAAUAUACAUAA